AUUGCUCGACCACAAUGCCUUCAGUGGGCCCAUCUCACCACACCUGGCGAUGCCCAGCCUUAUUGAACUUAAACUGUCCGACAACCUGUUCACAGGAGGCAUCCCCAACUCCUUCACGAGGCUCACUGGCAUGACUACUCUGAACGUUGGCGUCAACAGUCUCAGCUCAGGACUUCACGUGGUGGCGCAGAUGACAUGGCUCGCACAAAUCCUCCUCAGUGCCAACAACUUUUCGGGGGUGCUUCCAGCGUCUUUGACAGCAAUCAAGGAACUUUCAGCCCUGUUCAUCAAUGAUAACCACUUCACCGGAACGUUUCCCAGUGCUAUCCUGCACCACAAGAGCCUUAAUUACCUGGACAUGAGCAACAACAGCUUCACUGGGACUAUCCCCGGCGAAUUGACCAACCAUGUCAACCUGCAGGGCAUUAAUCUUAAUGACAACAAGUUCCAUGGAGCUAUCCCAUCCGGCCUGUUUCAGCUAUCCAUGAUUUACUCGCUGGAGGUAGCCAACAACUUUCUUUCUGGAGGCCUUCCACAUACCCUCAGCGCCCCCCCUUCCUUGCUCACACUUAGCCUGGCAGGAAAUGGCUUCACGGGCUCCUUACCAGACUUCUCACGCUGGAAUGUCAGCUGCAUACAGAUAGCCCUCAAUCACAACAACUUCACAGGGUCUAUUCCCGAUUCGAUCUCCACCCUCACCUCCCUCAAAGCCAUCACCCUCAACAACAACCAACUGACGGGAAGCAUCCCCUCCGCCAUCUUCAGCAUGACGAAUCUCAAGUACCUCUACAUGGCCAACAACAAGCUGAGCGGCACUCUGCCAGCCGACAUCAGCCGACUGGAGCAGCUCGAACAGAUCUGGCUGGACAACAACAACAUCGAGGGCCCUCUGCCAUCCAGCCUGUGCUCGCUUCCAUGGCUGUGGCGCGUCAUGAUGAGCAACAACUACCUCUACGGGCCACUGCCAGAAUGCCUCUUUGACAAGUGUGUCAACCAAAUCGAUGUGAGCGGAAACAGCCUGUACGGGCGCAUCAACCGCAACUUCAAGAACAUGGUGGCGGAUGGCGACGCGCUUAUCAACUUGGCUCACAACUUCUUCUUCGGUGAUGCCGUGCUCUUUGCUGCCGGCUGCCAGGUCUGCCCCACGGAGAUCAGCGACCCCAACAACCUCGACAUGGGGGACACCUUUGAUGUGCUUUCCGAAAAGUGCAACAAUCUUGCAGCUACUAGUCGCCACUAUUUCUCGGUAGCAGGGGCAGGCAAGGAGGCGAGGGUGAGUCUGUUGGGAAACUGCCUGGCGCUCAGCCCCGACGGGGAGUGCUCGUCCAACGCCACCCAGCGCAGCACGGCAGCCUGCCAGGCGUUCUGCAGCAUCACUGACAACGGCCCGUGUGACGGCCAUGGGGAGUGUGUGCCACCUGCGCCUGCCUCCCCCUCCAACUUCACCUGCCUCUGCCAUGCCGGCUACUCCACCCUUGACGUGGGAAACGGCUCCACAUGUGCCAUCGUCAACUCCACCACCACCACUGUGUCAUCCUUGUCCACGGGUGCCAUAGCGGGUAUUGCUGUGGGCUGCUUUGCUGACUUCACUCUGCUGGCUGCUGUGGCCCCGCGGACAGAAGAAGUGGGAGGGGCUGGAUGUGUGCGAGCCAUGGCGUCUCUCCACCACUCGCAUCUCGUGCGCCUGCUGGGCUUCUGCCUGGAUCAGAACGUGGAGACGGGCAAGCAGGAGCAGAUCCUGGUGUACGAGUUUGUGGGCAACAGGGACCUCGACUAUCACAUCCACGCAACUAAGAAUCCGCUCUCGCUGCGCCAGAGGCUGCGCCUAGCACAGGGAGCAGCAGAGGGCCUGGCGUACCUGCAUGGGUUUGAGACACCCAUCGUUCACCGCGACAUCAAGCCGGCCAACAUCCUUGUGACUGCCGACAUGCAAGCCAAGGUGGCUGACUUUGGGCUGCUCAAGCUCCUCACUCAUGGCGACUCUGAUGCCACGCGAGUGGCUGGCACUCCGGGCUAUGUGGACCCGGAUUACAACCGCACAAACAUCAUCACUGCCAGGAGUGAUGUGUUCAGCUUUGGCAUUGUGCUUCUUGAGUUGCUCACUGGAAAGUCACCUCAGGUUACAAAGCAUUCGCAUAUCAGAGAAUGGGCAAGAAAGAAGAUUGAGGUAUUUGAGCUGGAUGAGCUCAAGGACAGCAAGAUGCCGGCGGUAAUCGAGGAGGCCAUAGUGGAGUUUGCAGACCUGGCUCUGGACUGCAUGAAGUCACCAGGCACAAGGCGGCCCAGCAUGACGGAGGUGGCGUAUCGCCUCACUGCUCUCAUUGCCAAGCACUGCCCGGACAAGGAGGACGAGUGGGAGAGUAUUGUGAAAGAAGAAAGCUCAAGCAACGGAGGACUGCCCUCAACAAACAUCUCUGCUGUGUCGUAUGGUGGAAGGGAUUCUCGGAUGUCUUCUGACUCCCAUCCUAGUGCGAUCUCAUUCAUGAGCAUGGGCUCGAUAGCUGAUGGCGUCAGGAGCUGGCUGCAUCUGAAGCCCACCAGCGGGUACUAG